UGAAAAAAAACAAAGUUUGAUUUUUGACUUUUUAAGCCAAUUUUUUAGCAAGAAAACCUCUAAAAUAUCUUAAUGAUUCCCACAAUGGAGUUAUCAGGUAAUAUUUCGACUAUUGCACCAACUUCACAUCCAAAUCGUUCAGCCGGAAGUAAACCUCACGAGACCAGUGUGACAUCCUUUCUUGUAUCUCUUGGAAUCAAUGGAUUGAUAGCAAUUAUAGCUCUCCUACUCUUUUCACUCCUAAGAACCAAACUCAAGUAUAUCUAUACUCCACGUUUGCUGUUACUUGAUACAAGAUUUCCUCUGGGUAAACUACCUCGUUCCCUCGUGUCCUGGUUUAUCCCCGCUUUAAUGGCCAAAGACGAUGACGUUUUCAACUACGCUGGGAUUGAUGCUCUGGUUUAUAUAAGAUUUAUGAGACUCUGUGUUAAGAUUUCGUUUGUGUUACUGCCUUAUGGAUUAGCUGUUUUGCUCCCUUUGAACGUGUACGGCGGUGUUGGCUUGGCAGGCCUUUCUAAGCUGACUAUGUCUAACCUCAAAGAGAACUCUUCAAAAAUGUGGGCCCAUUUUGUAGCUGUUUGGGUCUAUACUCUCGUUAUAUUCUACAUGUUGUAUGAGGAGUGGAGAGUGUUUGUUGUUUAUAGACAAGAGUAUUUAGCAAAAGGACUUGACCAUCAGUAUGCUGUGCUGCUCAGAGAUCUACCAAAAAGGCUUCGCAAGGAGGAAAACAUGAAGACAUACGUCGAUGAAUUAUUUCCUAGUCAGGUUGAAGAUGUGGCAGUGGUUGAAGACCUUCGUAGGUGGGAUAAAAUGAUUUCAAUCCAUGACGAACUUGUGCUAAAGCUAGAAAAAGCAAAGUUUGUUUUUGAGAAGACAGGUAAAAGACCUUCACAUAGGUCCAACCAGGGUCAUUCUAUUGGAGAUUCCAUAACAUACUAUGAAAAGAGGCUAGAGGAUCUCCAGGUUAAACUUGAAGCAGAGUUGCAUAAAAAACACUCUGUACUGCCUUGUUCAUUUGUCAUUUUCAAGUCUCUUAAGUUUGCUACUGAAUCCCUAUUGAGAAAAUCUGCCUUUCGAAAGAAAGGAAAUUCAAUGCCAGCUCCUGACUCAAAUGAUGUGAUAUGGGACAACCUGAUGUUAAUUCCUGCAAAAAGGAAAUUCCGGGCUUUGGUUAUAACAUUAAUAGUCAUGCUUACUGUGAUGUUCUACUUCAUUCCUGUUGGAAUUGUAUCUUCACUUAUUGCCCUGCAAAACUUGGAGAGAAAAUUUCCCUUCUUGUCACACCUUGAAAGCUUGCCACCAGUUGUUKUAAGUUUUAUCGAAGGAUUCUUAUCUGGCUUGGCUUUGUUGAUUUUCUUUGCAAUUUUGCCAAUGUUUAUGAGGUUCUUGUCAAGCAAGCAAGGAUUUGCAUCCAUGAGUCAAGCAGAAAUUUCAACCCUCAAGAAGCUAUUUAUAUUCAAGGUUAUCAACCAAUUUCUUUUCCUUACUGCUGGCUCAGCCUUGAAUAAGUUAAAAGAAAUGAGCAAUGAUCCUAGUUUGAUUCCAAGAUAUCUUAGCACGACCCUUCCUUCCCAGUCAACGUUUUUUAUAUCAUACCUGAUGCUGUGUUCGUUCACUGUUUAUCCCAUUGAACUCUUGAGGCCUUUCCCUUUGUUAUUUGUUGCCUUCAAGAGAAAAUUCUUCACACUUACUCCCAGAGAGGAUCGUGAAAUCUGGAGACCACCACCUGCUGCUUAUGAUGCUUUGUUUGCAGAUCACCUGUUGAUUCUGAUAAUUGGCCUGUGUUAUUCUGUUAUGGCACCGAUAGUGUCGAUUUUCGUGUUGUUGUACUUUGUGUUUGGYUACGUGGUAUGGAUGUACCAACUGUUAUGUGUCUACAUACCUACGCAUAGCAGUGGAGGGCUGAUGUGGCCUGCCAUCUUUAACAGRAUAAUCGUCUGCUUGAUGGUAUUCCACCUUGUGAUGACUGGCAUAUUUGGUCUGAAGAAGAUGGUUGUUAUGCCGAUAUUACUAGCACCACUGCCUUUCCUYGCCCUUGGUUUCCUCGUAUAUAUGAACCGCUCUUUCUCCCACUCCUGUAACUUCCUCUCUCACGAGAUAAGCAAUACGCUUCCAGAAGCAAGUCCAAGGAUAUUACAGACCGUAACGCAAAGCUACAUAAGAAAUCACAGCCUACCCGAAUGGAAUGGCUUGAGUACUAACGCCACCAGCAGAAAUAUCACUGGAUACGAAGAAAUCCCAACAGCAAGUGAAAGGUCACCACUCCUGUCCCCGAUUGACGUGCGAACCUCCUCAGAUCCUGGUCACAAUGAAGGUCACUUUCGAGUAUAGCUUGUAUUAGGUUUUAUAAGGUCUUAUAGUCGUAUAGGGUCGUAUAAAGGCCAGGCCUAAUUUGUUUUGACGCCGUGCUAUACUGAGUGUUGAUAUUGAAAAUGAGUGUAACUCAACUAUAUAUCACAUAAUUCAUGCCCGGGUGUAAUCAUACCCCCCUCCCCCAAAACGACGAACAAAUAUCUUGGAAUAUUUGAAAAAAAGUCCAUUAUAGUAAUUUAAAAAAUUACGUAGUGAAAAUUGCUAAAAAUUUAUAAGUAGAAUUGAUAUAAUGUAUAAUGCAUAUGUGUGUAAGAGUAAAGUAGUACUAGUGUACCCUAGCGCAACAUCCAUCGGUCAGUGCAAGCAGCGCAUCAUUUUUUUCCCCCACGCAACAACUGUUUUCAUUUCACGCAAACAACUUAAGGUGGUCUUAAGCUGAAAUGCUGUUGUUCUGAAGUGAUUAUUGCGUGCCUGUGAUCUGUACAUAAUAGSCAUUCCGAAGUUGAGGAAAAAACUAGGUCGAAUUGACAUUGCAGUGCAUUGUGGGCCUUGGAAAUAACAUUUCAACCAUGCACUGGAAUGCCAACUCCGUCCAGGUUUUUCCUUAACCUUUCCCUGCUAGCAGAGUCUCCCUCUCCCAAGAAUAGCCAACGAAGGAAACACUGCUAGCAGGGAACCUCAACCUCGGAAUUUCUAAUACAAGGAAAAUAUAUACAUUAAAAAAAUGUGUUAUUAA